AUGUCCGGACUCGUGGCGUCAAUCAGAACAUGCACAACAAUUGAGCAACUGAUCAACACUGUGGUUUCUUCUGACAGAUCGUUGAAAGAUGUCCAUGAGGAGCUCGUCCACUAUGAUGACAACGAGCUGUUGGCAAUGAUCAAGAAUCACAUUGAGCUCAUGUAUCAGAUGCCAUACGAAGUCAAUGAUACUCUCGCCCUGAGACAGCCAUGCAGUGUCAACACAGAUGUCCAGAAGAUGGAUGAGAUCAAGAAGUUGAUCAAAUCAUGUUUUGAGGUCAUUGGAUGUUUUGUCGCCACGCCUGUCGUGCGUCGCGCUCCAAAGAGUGAUUUUGCCCGUCAUGUAAUCUCAUUGCGAAACAAUGAGCUUUCAAUGCUGGAAUUGGAUACAUCAAAAUGGACAAUGAUUAGAGACCCAUUUAAAGGCCACAUCUUGGACUACGUAACCACAUCAGUGGUCUACGCUCGAGGCAACAUCUAUGUGUUUGGAGGAAUCGAGUAUCCACAGACCUGGUGUAGCUACUCUCUGAAAGGGAGGGUGGCCAACAUUUGCAACAUAUGGGGCCUCUUUGGCGGCCGUGCCAUUUCAACAUGCUACAGCGGAGACAAGCUAAUCUAUCUUGUUGGUGGCUACUUCGAUGGAGGAUACUUGAACCGUGUGGACAGCUUUAACAUAGCGACAAGCGAGUUCAAAAAGGUUGGACAACUACCUCUCCGGGUAGCCUUUGGCACUUCAUUCUUCCACAACAAGACUAUAUAUAUUGUUGGUGGAGAGACUAAGGAUUAUGAAGCAAGGCCAUGUCUUGACAUCCACUCAUUCAAUAUCCAAACUGGUGUUGGUGAGGUCUACCAAAAGGACAUACUCGAAACCUACCAUGACUCGAGCUGCUUUGACGGCAAUGACUACAUCUACAUUCUCACCGCUGUCUCAUUCUUCAAGUACUCGUUGACCACAAGACAAUCAAUGAUUCUUCUAAAGUGCCCAACAUAUGGAGUAUAUCGCCAGAUGGUCUACGACGGUGCCAAUGGAAACAUCAUCUAUAUAGGUGGCAAAGGUCCUUCCCUCUUUGUUCGUAACGUCCAAUGGGUGGACCAUGAUUGA